AACCACCAUCCAAUUAGUUUCUCAGUUUCCGUUUUGUUCACUCGUCAAGUGGAAGGAGCAGGGUGUCGCGUGGCUUCAAGGUCAAUCCGCUUGCUCAAACGGGCAUCUUGAAUCUCGCUUUUUGUGACCACCCCGCGGACUAUUUCCCCGCAAAUGAUAUUCAUCGAAAUGAAGGAGAAGGGAUGUUUGCGGAUGCCACUACUUCACCGUUCUCCUUACCUCUCCCCCGACAGUCUCUUUAAUUACUCAUAUUCUUUCAACUACAAUCUAUCAUGAUCUUCUUCUUGUCGUUCUUUUUUGCCGUCUUGCUCAACGCUCUGCUCAGCAAUGCCGCUCCCUUCGUCGCUGAGAAGAGAGCAAUCGACACCACUCUCCUUCAAUCCUUCAGACUAAUGUCCCAAUACGCCUCCGCAGCCUACUGCUCCAACAACUUUAACUCCCCCGGCGACCAAAUCCAAUGCGGUUCAGGAAACUGCCCGCUAGUCGAGCAAGCAGACUCAGCAACCGUGCUUGAGUACAGCAAAACAGAGACCCUCACUGAUGUGACCGGCUUCGUGGCGGUCGACCACACCAACGCCGCCAUUGUUGUCUCCUUCCGAGGCUCUCAAUCCCUCGACAACUGGCUCACUAAUCUCGAUUUUGGGUUCACUAGCACGGAUAUUUGUGACGGCUGCACCGCGCACUCCGGAUUCUGGGAAUCCUGGGUCGAUGCGCAGGGCUCUGUUGUUACUGCUGUAACAGCCGCAGCUACCAAGUAUCCUGCUUACAAGAUAUCUGUAACCGGUCACUCCCUGGGCGGCGCUAUUGCGCCGUUCGCCGCCGCGCAGCUGCGAAACCAGGGGCUCAGCGUCGCUCUUUACACUUUUGGCAGCCCUCGCAUUGCUGGCACUAAGCUAAGCUCCUACAUCACCAAUCAAAGUGGUGGGAAUUACAGGAUUACGCACUGGAAUGACCCCGUUCCACGAGUCCCGCUGUUGACCAUGGGGUAUGUGCAUAUUAGCCCGGAGUAUUACAUCAACAAGAAGAACAAGGUCGCUAUUGCGGAGAGUGACUUCAAGGUGUAUGAGGGGGCGAUCAAUUUGAUGGGGAAUGCGGCGUGGUUGCUUACGGAUUUGGAGGCGCAUCGGUGGUACUUCACGCAGAUGUAUACGUGUGCAGAUAUGAAACAGAAGAGGGGGUUGGACGAGCUGGAGGGCGUGGAUAUAGUUGCGAAGUUCUAAUACAGAUGAUACUGGUUAGGGAACGGGAUUCAGGAAUCGUGGAUCAAUGCAAGCACACGAGAGCCAAAUCCAAGUCGUCGCUCAUAGGCAUAAAUCGAGUUCUCAUUACUAUCAUGGUCUAUAGGAUAUCAGAUCAUCGAGCCUCAUUCUUAGACAAGCAAGAAGCUGCCCCCGCACCAAUA